UUGAGUCAAUUUUACUAGUUUUGUUUUUUGCUACUACAAGAAACUUUCCUAGAAGAACUAUGUUAAUAUACGAUUUACUAGACAUAUAUGUAAGCUCUUUAGAUCCAAAAACGAUCAGACCAAUAUACGAUUUAUUCAAACUCUUUCUCACAGUUCUUAUUCUUACAGCAAAUUCAACACUUUUGUUUUCAUCACAAACUCCAACAUAAACCCUAGUCCCAUGUACUUAGUUCCCGAGGUACUAGAAGAGAUCUUCCUUCGUCUGCCAUUGAAAUCCAUCCUAAAAUUCAAAACCGUCUCAAAACAAUGGAGAUCAAUACUGGAGUCGAAGAGGUUCGCAGAGGGUAGGCGUCUGGUGAAUAUUCAAACGAAACUGAAAAUCAUAGUGGCAGUAGACCGAAACCUAAUCCAACAUGAAUUACACAGGGACGAAGAGUUAGAGAUGGUCUACUUACACAGCAAUGUCGCCGCCUCUCGUCCGUCACUGUCAUGUGACAGUCUUGUCUGCAUCCCCGUACCUGGUUGGGUCAAAGUUUUCAACCCUUCCACUGGAGUGUUUCUUAGAUUCUCUUCCGGUCCAGAGACAAUGAUAUCACGUCAUGAUUUUGAUUUCUUAGAUCCUCGAUUUGAGAUCUUCCCUAGACGUUGGAGGAUGGGAUUCGGUAAAGACAAUAUCACUGAGAGAUAUAAGAUAGUGAGGAUAUGUUUUCACGAUGAUUUGGAGAUUCAUCGUUGCGAGAUUCUUGAUGUUAACAUUGGGAGAUGGAGGAGACUGAGUCCACCUCCUUAUGUGUUAGGGUUUAGAAGGAAGUCGACAUGUGUGAAUGGGUCCAUCUACUGGGUAGAAGUAAUUCCUCGGUACAAACUUUUAGCUUUGAAUCUUCACACAGAAGAGUGGCGUGACCUUACACUACCGCUGGGAACAUUAGGAACUUCAUGCCAAGUAGCAAACCUUGAAAACCGGCUGGCCUUAGCCGCAACCUAUUUUAGUAAUCAUCAUUGGAAUGUGAAGAUAUGGUGCAUGCAUGCACCACAAGAAGAAGCAUGGAGCGUGAUGUAUACCAUACGUUUAUUCCCUUGCGAGCACCGUUACAACGGCUGUUUCCCUUUAUGGUUUUGGACUAGGCCAGUGGCGGUUUCUAAGCAAGGAAAUCUUUUUUUUCAUGAUAACUGCAAUAGGUUGUUCAAAUAUUACCCAGAGACAGAUGUACUUUGUUGCGUUCAUAGAGAUAUUUAUGUGAUAUCUCCUUUUGUUGAAGAUUUGGUCCCACUUGGACCUUUGGAUUCUGUUCCGAACAUGAUGAGGACAUAUGGACUUCAACAUCUAGAUCAUGUGCCCUUCUCCUCUAGGAUAUCUAAUUUUUUCAGACGAAUGGAGUUCCCGAGUAGCUUGAUCACUACUGCUUUUGUGACUCUAGCAACAUUUCAGCUUUGUUCCCUAUUGUCUAGGUCUUGAUAUUGUUGCGUUUCCGGCUAGUGGUCUCGUAUUGAUUCAAAACCGCAUGCCUUUUUUCUUCCUAUGCUGAUGUUCUGGCAUCUGGCUUUGUGAAAUGUUUGUUGUAAGACAAAUAUAUUUUUCAACUACAUUACUAUUUAAAAAGUUGGCAUCAAUCGACCAAACCCUAUAUUGGACACUAAAUAUUGGCACCUCAACGUUUCCAAGAUCUUUAAAAUACGCAACCGAUGCAAUCGAGGAACCCUUUGCUCUCACCGGAGAGAAGUUUUCUCCAACACGGAUCUCAUCAAUCACUGGAGCAAGAGACUUAUUCUUAAACCACUUCCAUAAUCUCCUUCACCUGUCUGUGACGUUCUAUUUCACCUUCACUAACGUGACUCUCGCAACUGAUCCUACAGGAGGUUUCAAGACUCCGGAAACUUGAUCGGCGAUCCAGUCUCAACGGCCAUGAUGUCUUCCCAUAUCUGCAUGGUUUCCCCGACGACGACGCGAAUGCGGUUGGGACGUGCGAAGUACGCGCUGAGUUCGCCCUUGGAUCUGUAGCGGCAGUGACGUUGCAUGAUUGUGUUUGAACUGUGUUUUUCUGACUUGCGCUGUGCAGGAUUAUAAUCAUAUAUAUUGCCACUGGCAGAUGCUCGUUCACUACCAUGAAAGUUUUUGUUAUAAAAAUGAAACAACAAAGGAAUUAGAGAUUGGAAGAAGAGACGACAGAGAAUCACUUACAUCUUUUGUUUGACCUAGACGAUGAGCUCUGUCCAUUGCUUGUAAUUAUAAGGUGAGAUUCCAAUCUCUUUCAUAGAAAAUGACUUGUGUCAGCAACCGUCGAUACCAAGUCCUCCAACUCUGGUGCUCAGCAAGAAUACAAAAAUAUCGUUCCUGACUUCCUGCAAUCAUGUAGGGUUAUUAUACUUGUGCACAGUAAGUCUCACUAGAGCAUUAAAAAAAAAGGCUAGAGAAAUUUAAUUCAUACAAGGCCAUAUCUUUGGUUGAUUAGAAAAAAACUGGUCCAUAUCUUUAGAAUAUGUACGUUCAUGUGUUUAGCAAGAGGAUGAGGUUGUAGCAGAAAAAUGGCUUAUGGAAAAACAAUAAAUCUUUCGUAAUUAUGAUGUAAACCUUUUAGGAGCUCCAGCAUUGUUUAUUUACCAAUCAAAAACAAUAAAACAUGAAACUGAUUUAGUAAAAUAAAAAGCAUAUAAGUUACAAAAAAUAAUUAAAAGUUAGAGCGGUUAAUAUCGUUUAUAUCUUUAAUAAAUAAAUUAUAAAAAUUAGUUAUAAAUAAAAACAAACUUUA